AUGGGCGAGCCAGAAGCGAGCGGUCCCACCACUCCAGGGAGGGUCCCUGAAAAUAAGAAGCGCUACAGCGAGAUAUUCCGGAGCCUGGACGCCCUAGAAAUCUCCAUUGGGAAUGCGGCGGUUGAUAUGUUCGUUGGGGAUGGGGAGAGCCCUGAUGACACGGACCUGACUGCGGAGAGAGAGGUGGUGCCGCCGAGUGAAAGCUUCUGCAAGAGCAAAACCAGCUCUGAGGGGCAAGCGCAGGCCGACCUAACAGCUCAGGAGGCGGACGAAAUGCUGAUCAGGUGCGAGGGCGGCAUCGAGGCAGCCCUUGAAUACGCCAAGACGUGGUGUAAAUACGUUAAAGAGCUGCUCGCCUGGAUCGAGAAACGCCUGAGUUACGAGACAGAAUUUGCCAAAGGGAUGGUGAAGAUCGCUGAAUCGGGACGAAACGCCAUCAUCCACCAGCACAACAUGCCUCUUCGGGCGCUCUACACGCUGGUCCUGGAACACGAUAUAAAAAUGGGAAACUCGGCCGCCGAGACCGCGGGGCUGCUCCAGCAGAAGGAAUUUUACCAGCCUCUGUCAGCCAAGAAGAACGAAAUCGAGAAAUGGAGGAAAGAAUUCAAAGAUCAGUGGAGCAAGGAGCAAAAGAGAAUGAACGAAUCCUUGUCGUCCCUGCGCAAAUCCCGCCUGCAAUACGUCCAGCGCUGCGAGGAGCUGGAGAAGGCGAAGCAGCUGAGUGCCCGGGCAGAGGAUGAGCUCCAGCAGAGCGUCGCCAACCCCGGCAGGGCCAACAAGCAGCUGGAGAAACGACGCGAGGAGGCGCAAGCCAAGGUCCAGGAGUCGGAAGCUUUGUACAAGACGUGCAUCAGUGACGCCAACUUUCGGCGGCAAGAGCUGGAGAAAGUGCGAGCGCGGAUCGUGUCGCACAUCCGCAAGCUCAUCUACCAAGGGGAUGAGGUGCUGACGUGGGUCACUUUAAGGAUGUUCAAGCAGCGGCAGGCUCAGUCCGAACAGAUUCCAGUAGGAUACCAGUACCUGGCCGAGAUCUGCAAGCCCUACAAGGCAGGCGAGAAGUACCUGGAGUUCAUCCAGGCUCUGCAGAAGAAGGACAUUCAGACGGAAGCGUUCGAGUUCGAGCCGCUCACUUCCGGAGGGCAGAGUACCAGCAGGUCCCUCUGCAGCGACACGGAAAGCCUCGGUGGGAGCUGUGAGUCCCGGUCCUUGGACUCUCCCACCUCCAGCCCAGGCAACUCUGACAGGAGGCUGUUGAAAGCUCCCUCCACCGGCACCGUGUCCUCCUUGGACGACUUCGAAGAGAGGGAUUCCCUGCAAGCUUUCGAGAACGAAAACGGCCCGUCCCAGCAGCAGUUCAGGAACACGCCCCUCUCCAGCGCGGCGCAGACCCACCGGCUCCGCAAGCUGCGGGGACCAUCCAAGUGCAGGGACUGCGACACCUUCAUGGUCAGCGGCUUCGAGUGCGAGGAGCUCUCGGUGCCGGUGAUACCGUCCCGGCUCUACGAUGACUUCAUUGCCCUUGCCAAAGAUCUGCAAAAAGCCGGCGAGGAGAAGCCGGACGGUGCGGGCUUCCCCGCUGACCCCGCGCAGAGCAUGAAGGAUUUGCUGAGCAGGUUGCCCGGGAGCAACUACAACACCCUGCGGCACCUCAUGGCGCACUUGUACAGGGUGGCAGAGAAAUAUGAAGAGAACAAGAUGUCCCCGAACAACCUGGGCAUAGUUUUUGGGCCAACUCUGAUCCGGCCGGGCUCGGGGAGCGACGCUUCGAUGUCGUGCCUCGUGGAUUCCGGGUAUCAAGCCCAGGUGGUGGAGUUUCUCAUCCAGAAUUACGAACAGGUGUUCGGGAUGGACAACCUGCCUUCACCCUUCUCCCUUGGAUGCGAAAAUCCUCCGCGAGAAGCGCCAGCGGAAAAGGACGAAGGACCUCAGAGCCCAAACGUGGCCCAGACCACAAGUCUAGAGACGAGUACAAGCAUCAGCCCUGAGCUGGAGGACCUGGAGGACUCCAUGGGGGAAAAGACGGACGGUGACACGGACACGGUCCUGGGGCCCCAGCCCAGAUGCCAUUUCAGCCGCCAACCUGUAAAGUACAUUCGAAUGCAGGGGAAAACGAAACCGGUCAUUCCCAAAGCUCCCAACCUGCUCUUGAGGACAUCAGGUGACAUGGAAACAGAGAUCGCUGCAAAAGACAACCCUCCCGUGGCCAAGGAUGUCCUGGAGGAGAGCGCGAGGAGCAGGAACAGCUCGCCGGACACCAGCACGCUCAAGCAGCGCUCGGGAGGGAGGCAGCAGCUCAAACAUUUUGAGAUCACGCAGGAAACAGCCAGGAUCGUCUCCAAGUUUAAAGCCAACGAGGCUCCCGCGUGUCCCGAGCCUUCUCUGGAGAGCGCGGGGUGGAACGAGAAAGCCGAGGACCUCAACGCGGGGACGUACCUGUAG